AUGUCUCAGUCGAUUUUGCCUGCGGCCGCCGGUAUCAACAGGGUUCCGCUCAACCUGGCGUCUCUCGCUCGACGAGCACGCGAGAAUGCUCGAGGACACCGACACCCGCACGUCGUCUUCGGUAGUGACCUGCCGACCGCGCCGCUGAACUGUCCGCCAGGUUCCCGAACGUACGUUCAUCGGGCUGGAACAGAGCAUGCCUUCGAUUACACGCCGGACGUCGAGUUAGCCCUGGACGAUGUGAUCCUUACGCUGUUCACCCCGACCACGGGAACAUUAGCCGCCGCAGCGCCACUCACGGGUGUUCUCGUGCUUCCGUUCUGGCUGCGUGGCGGCAAGACCGUCAUCCUUCCCGGAUUCGGACCCGUCGAACCUUCUCUUGACUCUUCGAUAACCGAGCAUCGGGCUACGGCAAUCAAUCUUGGUGCCGACGAUGACUCAGAUGCUACUCGAACGCCC